UUUGUCAUAUUUUAGUUAACAAAACAUGUGUUAGUUACCAGUAUUUCGUUAAGUGACUAAAGGUUGUCCAAAAGAGAAAAAAGCCGUCGACUGUUAAAGAGAAGAUAGGAUGUUCCUGCGAAGAAUCUCUCCUCUGUUCUCUAUCAUAGCCAAAAGAUCACAAAGUCGCUUCCUUUCGAGUCCGGCGCCUAACUCUGCUCAGAACUGGGCAUCUCGCGGCCACAACUUACGACAAGCAACUCGAUCAUACGCAAGUGGAGGUCGUAAAGACUACAAUCUCUUUGGUAGUAAUGUGAAACCUGGUGAUGCUGAUUUUAGAAAAAGCUGGGAGAAAGAUAUGAAGGAUGAUGAUGAUGAUGACACUCUAUGGUCAGGAAGUGAAGACGAAAGCGAUGAUAAAGGACUUGAGAAAGAGGUUAAGAAAGCUAGGCAACAAGCUAAAGCCACCUCUGAUCUAAUCGAUGCAGACGAUAGUGACGAGUUAUACAGCGUUUGGUCUGGAAGCGAUGAGGAGAAAACGUUAUGGACCGGCGACGAAGGUGAUGACGACGACGAUAUUCCGACAGAACCGCACCCGAACGAAGCAUCUGAUAAGUACUUGGACAAGCUGUUUGAGUUCGAGGAGAAACCAAAGUACAGGACAAUCUCUGAGCUGUUGAAAUCCGAAAACGAGCCUGAGGAGCUUUCACCUGGUAAACAGGCGAGGAAGCUUGCCGUUGAGAACGCGUUGAAGAAGCUUAACAAAGGGCCUGACGGGCGUUACACAAACGUGUGGGAAGUGAUGAGUGAUGUCGACAUUUUGAUUGGAGCGUUUGAGAACAUCAUCUCAGGGCCUGAAUAUGAGGAGCUGAGAAAAGGUGGACCCAAGAGGUUGAACAUGCAGUUCUUCAAGGAUAUACAAACUCGCAUGAGAGAUCCAAACUUCAAAUUCACGCCUGAGAUAAAGUUGAAGCCCAAGAGUAAACUAGUGCCUAGGAAGAAAUGGCAGAAGGCACAGUCCAGGAGAAGGAAAGCUCAGAAGCGGUAAAAAAAAGCUCCUUGCCUGCCUAUUCAAAGAUCCUAUAAUAGAUUUUAACAGGUAGUAAGUCCACUCAUCACAUUACCAAAUCUACAUCCUGUAAGUUGUUGCUGCUAUGUUGAUUCAUAAUGGAUCUUUGCAUGGUUAGAGGAAUGCUUAGAGAACAACAACAGCAAACAUCUUCAACAAGAAUGAGUUAAAGAAUGUUGUGACUGUUUCAUCCUGAUACCAAUCCUGUAAAGAGUCGGUACCGUGAUUGAACACCUUUCCUUUGGAGUGAUUCUGGGGAAGACUUUAUAUUCCUUCUACUAAAGAAGCUUUUGUAGGAAAAGCUAAAGAUGCUUUGGUCCCUAUUGGACAUUUUUGUUGGAAUAAUACAGCUUUUCUGGCACUUUGAUCUUCAAAAGUUUUUUCUUUGGUGUUAAAAAAGUUGGAACUUGUAAUGUUGACACUCUGUUGCCAUUUGAAGCUUAACAAAUCACAAGAUGCUUGAUUUUUGGGUCUCUUCCUAAUAUUCUUAUUUGUUUA